UCAACCCAAACCCAAAAACGAAAAUCAAACGAAAAAGAAAAAAGAGUUUUGUUCAUUUUCGAAUUUAAUUUUUGGCGCCUUCGUGAUUGCUAUCCAAUGAUUUGUUUCCUUUUCUCUUGUUGUUGAAAGUGAAGUGAAGUGAAUUUUAAUUAAUCAUCUCCUGUGUCCAUCAUGUUGAUUAAACUCUGGUCCAUGUUGAUUGAAGUCAAAAGGAUCAAGUGAUUGUCUCUACCCUUUGGAUUUGUUAUUGUUGUUGUUUUUUGGUUCUUUUCAAUUGCGAACAGCGAUUAACGAGAAUGGACGAUUUAAAGGUAACCAUGGGAUUCGAUGGUGACCAUGAUGAAGUUUCUCGAACAGUUUCUGAUACUCUGGCCGCCGAGUAUCGUGAUUAUGUGACCGUUAAAAGGACAACACCGACAUCGGUCGAAGUGUUCAAUCAACAACAACCUUUAAGUUCAACUUUAUCCUCAUCAUCAACCUCAUCUCUAGUUAAAGAUGAAGUCUCAAGUUUAAGUGAUGAUCCAAUUAUCGAUGAUUCAAAUUACAACUCUCGAGUUGAAUUUGGCCUGAAAUUGGGUUACACUGAAUCUCAGGUUCAAAUGGCUUUGGUCAAGGUCGGUCCUUUCGCUGCCCAGAAUGAACUACUUGAGGAAUUAAUCAAAUUGGGAGCAAGUGGAUUACCAAGUGUAACCAAGACCAAUUCCAAUCCAAUUUACUCUCCUGUCAAUAGUAUUAGUGCCAAUCAUGAAACUUAUUCUCAUUCUCAUCCAUUUACUCACCUUUGUGAUGUCCACUCAUCGGAUGUCCCUCAUCAUCGUCUCUGUGAUAACAUUGAUUGUAGUGGCAAUUUAAGACCAAUAGUCAUUGAUGGUUGUAAUGUCGCCAUGAGUCAUGGUAACAAAGAGUAUUUUUCAUGUCGAGGAUUAAGAAUCUGUGUCGAUUGGUUCAGAGCUCGAGGCCAUAAAGAAAUAACCAUUUUCGUACCAAUGUGGCGGAAAGAAUCAGUAUCCAUUGAGAAUCCAAUCAAGGAUCGAGAAAUUUUAUUCCAACUUCAGAAUGAAAAAGUUUUGGUGUUUACACCUUCACGAAUUGUUGGUGGACGUCGAUUAACUUGUCACGAUGAUCUUUACAUCUUAAACUUGGCCACACUAAAUGACGGAAUUGUGGUCAGUAAUGACAAUUAUCGUGAUUUAAUCAAUAAGAAUCCAGAACACAAAAGAGUCGUUGAGGAAAGAUUAUUAAUGUAUUCGUUUGUUAAUGAUCGUUUUAUGCCACCCGAUGAUCCACUUGGUCGACAUGGACCCACUCUCGAUUCUUUCUUGAGACGAAGAGAUCAACCUCCCCCUCCUUUACACUGUCCCUAUGGUAAAAAAUGUACCUACGGCAAUAAAUGUAAAUACUAUCAUCCAGAAAGAGGUAAUUUACCCCAGAAAACGGUGACUGAACGAUUACUGGAACAGGCGCAAUUACAUAUGAUGGAGGUUAAAGCUCGUAAUCAAUCAGGUUCUAAUGUUGGAAGUUGCAAUUCAAUUGAAAGUGUUCCCUGUACAUCAACCUCAUCUCCAACCGGAGAGAAGAUAAAAGCAACACAUACCGGUAGUUUACCUCCAAACAUCACCUUGUGCGAAGGUACAAGUAGUAAACUGGGCAAGAAAAUGGCCAUAACUCGGACCAAGCCCAUGUUAACUGCACAUUCCACUAGUUUUCCGCUUGAUUCUCGUCUUAAUUCACCAACAAUACAACAAUCAAUUGGAUCUACAAGCUCAGGGCAAGUUGGCAAUAAUAAUAAUAAUAACAACAAUAGUAAUAAUAACAUCGCCAACGUGAUUAACAAUAAUAACGUUGGCAAUAAACAAUCAACUGGUGGUAAAGAAGGUGAAUCAGUUAACUUACAUCGUAAAUUACAGCGGCAAUUAACACUGAAUCCGACCUACGACGCUCGUUUAGCUCGUAUGUUUGGUGGAGGAGAAAAAGCCUCGAGCAAUAAAAUGUCUCGAACUCCCGAAAAGAAAGGAUCUCCACCGAAUACUUCAAGUGGCCAUAAACAAGUUAUGAGAAUUCGAAGUGAUUCUGGUUACAGUUGUUCAUCGAGUGCCGGUGGAAGUACCAGUUCGAAUAGUGGACUUCACAAGAAAAGUAACAUCGGACUACAUAGUUACUCAUAUCUUGGUGUGAACACGUUGAGCCAUCAAAAUGUCACAAGAAUCGCAAGUGCCCCUGAUUCAAACUCAUCGUGGCUUCCACCAAGACGGAAUAUCUUAGGCAACGCAAAUUCAGAUUCACGAUUAAAUAUGUGCCAAAGUAUCUCGAUCGGAGGUGGACUGAAUCAACUACAACAACUUCAAUUACAACAACAAACUCAAGCACAACAACAACAACAACAACAACAAUCGUCAGUAACAUUACCUUUUCCAGGCUCGUCUAUUUGGUCAGCAACAAACGAAUCGAUUCCUUAUCAAUUGAAUCAACCCAACUGGUCAAAUUCACCGACUAACCUGAGGCCACUUUCAGUUCCACAAUUUUUACCUCUCUCGUCAAAGAAAAGCUGUCCCCUUUUAAGUAACAAUAAUAACCGUCAAGGAUCACAAAAAACUCUCAUGUACCGAUCAUUGUCCCCAGAACUUUUCUCAGACAAUCCGAGAUCGAAACUGUAUUUCCAUUUGGCCUCAAUUUUCCCAGAAAAACAAGUUCGUGCCGCCAUGGAUAUGCUACCAGGAGAAACAAAUGCUCAAAUCAUUUGUGCCGCCAUUUUAAAUAUGUUCACGUCAGAAUCAAUUGCUAAUAGCAAUUGAUUAAAAUUCACAUAAACUCAAUACAUUUACACCAAAAAAAACGCGUUAAAUCAAUUUCAUGAUGAAAUCGUUUUGGUCCAAAUCAAUUCGACGAAAUCACUUUGGUUGACCAAUUGAUUGACCAUAUUGAUUUUCGAUUGAAAAAUAUUCUUAACAAUUAGUUUCAUCUUUCAUAAAACUUUUUAAUUGUUAACCCGACAAAUUGUUACGAUCUAAUGUUCAAUAAUCGUGUUCAAUUCUUAAUUCUGAACGAAAAUGGAUUUGUUUUUUCUCUCAAUUGUAACUAUUUAUUAGAAGUUAAUGAAGAUAAAUUGUCUUCUUAAUCUUCAAAUGUUAACAAUCAAUUGUUGGUAAUCAUCAUGAUGAUGAAAUUUUAUUCCAACAUGAUGAUUGAUUGAGAUGCUGAUUCCUCUGUCAAAGCAUCUUAAUAGCUAAGAAAAUGUUUCUACUAUUUGUAAACCUUAAUCAUGUCAUGAUCACAGUUUUAAAUUGUCUGAUUGUGAGAUGAAAUAUCGAGAAUCAAUUUUAAUUGUUUACUAAAUUGUCAAAAGCAAAUGAAACUUUUUUUUCACUUGGAAACAAAAUUUAAAUGUUCGUCUAUUUGUUCAUGUGAGCGAUUGGGUUAAUCAUCAAGUGUAAACUCACAACUAAUAAUUUGAUUAGUUAAUCAAUUCAUAGUAAUUAAUCAAUUUCUAUUUAAAUAUCAAGCUUGUUUCCAUUUCAUUUGCUUGGUAUUGAAAAUUUAACUGUAAUUUUAUCAACUUGUUAACUUUGAUUCUCAAUUGAUUAAGUUUCAUAGUUAAUUAUACAAUUAUUUAUAUUAUCAAAAGUGUUUUCUCAUUGUUGAGAAUCAAAAGUUAAAUCACAAUUAAUAAUAAUACUGUUAAUAAUACUAAUUAUGAUUCUAAAUCAAUUGAAAGUUAAUUGGUUACAGAUGCCUUAGGCUUAAUUAAGAAAAAUUAAUUAUUACAAUUGGAAAAGUUUUUUUCACUUCUACAGAGGAAAAACUUACAAAUCAAUUGAUUAUCAACUAAUUAUUUAUGUAAAUUUUAAUUGUUAACAAUUGUUUACUUGAUACAGGAAGUUGAUUUGUAUUCCCAUUGAUUAUUUCAAGUGUAAUUAAUUAACUAGUUAGCUAAUUGAUUAUCACUUUAAUAACUUUUUCUGCUCGCCGGAAAAAAAGGAAACAUAAUAUUAUCAUUGUGUUAUCCUUGAUUUAGUUAAUUAAUUAAUUAAUAACUUCCAUCAAUCAGAUGAUCAUCAUCUUAAUUGUUUCUCCCUUUAAUUGUGUUCUCUUAAUUAUCACAAUUGUUCAUCUUUUUUACAGCCAAUUUUCAUUGUCAUUCUGUGUCCCAACCCAAUAUUUAUAUCCGUUUACAAUUAGCCAUUAAUUGUUCAAUAAUUAAUGACAAUUUACGACAAAUACAUGGACCAGAAGGAAAGAUUCAACUUAAUGAUGAUAAUCUCAAAUCAUGAUUAACCAUAAAUUCAGCACAAUAAUAUCAUCAUUAAUUGUAAUAUAAA